AUGGAGAGAGCGCGCCUGUUGCGCGCGGCCGGCAAGCUGACGAAUGCGGGCGGCCAAGAAGUGAGUCGAAGGCAGACGAAAGGGCGCGCGGCGGCCAAUUGCAAUGCGACCGGUGAGGCGGACUCACUCACAAUAGCAGUCAGCGAACGCGCGCGGGCUUUGAUCGAGUCACUGCGCAGUGCCAGUGCCUCUCUAGACAAUGCCAAUGCCAAUGCUUCGACCGCCCGCGAUGCAUCGCUUCGAUCCAGCGCCAACAAGGCCUAG